UUUCCCUUUGAAGACCUAGAGGCCAAUCUGGCUGUACCCGAGGUGCUGCCUCUGAAGGCUGCCAUCACCCUCUGCGAGCUGCAGCAUGGCGCCCCCUGCAGUUUCACUGGCUUCACUGCUGCUGGUGGUGACCCUGGCAGGUGGUGCCUGUCAACGGUGCAGCGAGGGGAGGACCUACCCCAACGCCGUCAUUCGGGCCAACCUGGAGACCAUCAGAAUCGUGCCAGUGCCUCAGACUUUCUCCCUGGCACCCGCAUCUCCUACCGCUGCUCCCAGAACAGUGGAAGAACUGUGGGUGUCGGCGGGAGACAACCGGGUAGUGACCUUGCCCCAGGACCAGGUGGAGCUGAAGGCCUCCGUGGUGCCAGCGCCACCUGCUGAAACAACCUACAAGUAUGAAUGGAGCCUAAUAAGCCACCCAGCAGACUACCAGGAUGACAUUGAAGGUCACAGGCCGACGCUUCGCCUCUCCCGAUUGUCAGCAGGACUGUAUACCUUCAGGGUGGCCGUUUCUGGUGAGAAGGCCUCUGGAGAGGGCUUUGUCAACGUCACUGUGAAGUCAGCCAGAAGAGUCAACCUGCCUCCCGGGGCCGUGGUUUCUCCCCAGAGACAGGAGCUUGCUCCGCCCACGACAGCCGCGCUCAUCGAUGGCAGCGGUGUUACAGAUGACUCUGAGAUAGUGAGCUAUCGCUGGGAAGCCGUCAGCGGGCCCCUCGUCGACACCCCCGUCCUGCGCGUGGCUAACCCUGCUCCUGGCAACCACACCGUCAGGUUGACUGUCACCGACUCUGAUGGAGCCACCAACUCCACCACGGACACUCUGAUCGUCAGCAGUGCUGUGGACCACCCACCUGUGGCCAACGCAGGCCCAAAUCAGACCAUGACCUUGCCCCAGAACUCCGUCACUUUGAAUGGAAACCAGAGCAGUGAUGACCACCAGAUCGUCCUCUAUGAGUGGUCCUUGGACCCCAGCAGUGGGAGCAAAGAGGUGGCCAUGCAGGGAGCACAGACCCCGUACCUUCAUCUGUCCACUCUGCAGGAAGGAGAGUACACCUUCCGGCUGCUAGUGACAGACUCCGCCGGUCAGCAGUCCACUGCUGUGGUCGCUGUGAUUGUCCAGCCUGGAAACAACAGGCCUCCCACGGCCGUGGCCGGCCCCGACGAGGAGCUGGUCUUCCCAGUGCAAAGUGCCACCCUGGAUGGGAGCGGGAGCAGUGACGACCACGGCAUCGUCCACUACCACUGGGAGCACAUUGGAGGCCCCAGUGCAGUGGAGAUGGAGAACGUGGACAGGGCUGUGGCCACCGUCACGGGGCUGCAGGUGGUUACCCACCUCUUCCGCCUCACAGUGGCAGACCAGCAGGGGCUGAGCAGCACGUCCACCCUGACUCUGGCAGUGAAGAAGGGGACCGUGGCGACCGCAUCUGGAGAUGUGGCCACACUCUGCUCUCUUGCUUGGGCCCUGGAAAUCCUGCCUUGGACUUUGUGCCCUGGAGCCGUGUGGGGAGGAGAGCCGAGGGACGCUCCCAGCCCAGCCGGCCUGCCCCCUCCUCAGCCUGACCUGGCUCAUCCCGUGGGUGAGGGUGCUCGGGCUUGGGAUCAGAAACCCGGGGUUGACAGCUGCCCUGUGCAUCCUGUUACUUCGCAGGAUGUCAUCGAUGGCUCUGACCACAGUGUGGCCCUGCAGCUCACCAAUCUGGUGGAGGGGGUCUACACUUUCCGCUUGAGAGUCACCGACAGCCAGGGGGCGUCGGACAUGGACACGGCCACUGUGGAGGUGCGGCCAGACCCGAGGAGGGGUGGCCUGGUGGAGCUGACCCUGCAGGUGGGGGUCGGGCAGCUGACAGAGCAGCAGAAGGACGCCGUGGUGAGGCAGCUGGCCGUGCUGCUGGACGUGCUGGACUCGGACAUCAAGGUCCAGCGGAUCCAGGCGCACUCGGAUCUCAGCACCACGCUCCUGUUCUAUGUGCAGAGCGGGCCUCCCGCCCAGGUCCUCAGAGCCGCCAAUGUGGCCCGAGCCCUGCACAGGCGGCUGUCGCGGGAGAAGGCCGACUUCUUGCUUUUCAAGGUCUUGAGGGUGGACACAGCAGGCUGCCUUCUGGAGUGUUCUGGCCACGGCCGCUGCGACCCCAUCACCAAGCGCUGCUCCCAGCUGUGGAUGGAGAACCUGAUCCAGCGCUAUGUCCGCGACGGGGAGAGCAACUGUGAGUGGAGCAUAUUCUAUGUGACGGGGCUGGCUUGUGCUCUCCUAGUGCUGGCGGGAGGCGUGACGUGGCUGUGCAUCUGCUGCUGUCUCAGACAAAAAAGGACUAAAAUAAGGAAGAAAACGAAGUACACCAUCCUGGACAACAUGGACGAACAGGAGAGAAUGGAGCUGAGGCCCAAAUACAGCAUCAAGCACCGGAGCACGGAGCACAACUCCAGCCUCAUGGUGUCCGAGUCUGAGUUCGACAGCGAGCAGGACACCCUCUUCAGCCGGGAAGGGGUGGAGAGAGGGCCUCCCCGGGCGUCCAGGAACGGCUCCGUCAGGAACGGGGCUUCCUUCAGUUACUGCUCCAAGGACAGAUAGUGCAGCAGCCGGAGAUUGUGCAGGACCACCGUGGCCUGCACCUUCCAGCCCACUUGCCCUGCACACUGAUCCUCUCCCAGGGGCCUGGUGUGCUUCUGUAGGAAGAGGUGGGGUUCUUGGGGUUGAGAAUGGAACAUGGCUCUUGUGACCGGGAAGCUCCUUAGCGGGCCUGAAGGCCGGGGAACUCCCAGGCUACGCGCGGGCGAGAGCUGUGUGUUUCCAAAGCUGGCCCUGUGCUGAGGCCCUUGUCCAGGUGCAGCUUCACACCUGUGUGUGUCUGUGGAACCUUGGAGAGCCUUCUGUGGCAGGCAGAAGCUCAGGAGCUGAGGACAUGGAAAGGGGAGGCCCAACACCCAAGGCAGCACUCACGUCGCCUCCUCCUUCUCUGAGAGAGAGCCGGCGCUGAGCCUGUCUCACCUGUCCUUGUCCACUCGGUGGAAUCACCAGCUCACUGAACAUUGAGUCUCACUGCGGCCGGGCGUUUGGACUGCCCCAGAUGGCGGUGACCACCCCGUGACCCGUGAGCCAAAGUCCUGAGAUCCGGUCAGUCUUCAUGCAGGUGGCAGGGUGCUGAGGUUCUGGGCCCCUGGGCACUUUCCAUAAUAACUGGACCUAUAGUCACUUCACAUGCUUAAAAGUGAUACUUAUUAAACAGGUUUUGGACCCAA